AUGUUCCACUUGGUAAAGGGUCUAUAUGACAACUACAACAAGCGAGAAGAAUACUCAAUCCUUCUUCUAGGUUUAGAGAAUUCCGGAAAGACCACUUUUUUGGAGAAGCUCAAGGAGCUCUAUGUCGACAAGAACCAAACUUACAAAAAGCCCAAGAGGAUCUUGCCCACUGUCGGUCAGAAUGUUGGACACGUCAAGUACGACGCCAAAGUCAGUCUUAAAAUAUGGGAUCUUGCGGGUCAAGCCGAGCUACGGGGCAUGUGGGAACGUUAUUUUGAAGUGGCACAUGGGAUCAUUUUCCUCGUCGAUAGCGGGGAUCGCAGCAAGUUGGAAGAGUGUAAAGAGGAAUUGAUGAAGAUAUUGAAUCCGGACGAGUUGAUCAACGAUGAGGAGAAGCAGAUCGACAAAAGCAUUCCGAUAUUGAUGUUGGCCAAUAAACAGGAUUUGGAAAAUCACUUGGAAGUGGAAGAUAUUAAGGAGAUUUUCAAUAAGGUGGCAGAGCAUUUAAAUGCCAGAGACAGUAGAGUAUUACCAGUAAGUGGGCUCAAAGGUGACGGAGUGAAGGAGGCGUUGGAAUGGAUGGUAGUGAGAUUGGAACGAAACAAAUCCAACAGGCCUCCGAAUUAUAAAUGA